ACACCUACUCAGUGAAGUGCGCGUGUGCAUUACAUCAAUUAUCCCUUGCACUCCUAAACAACGCUUUUUUUGUACUUUGGCAAUGAGUAAAGUCUACAAAAUGCAGUCCGCUGGGCUUUCUCUCAUCACUAUUUUUGGUCGUGAGUGCAAACGCCAACCGGAUGCUUCACGUUUAUACAUCCGGUAAAAUAUCAGGCUCAUUGGUCUGUCUGUGAAAGAACUGUAAAGGCUAACGUGUCUGACUUGGACGCUGUAUUAUGGAAGAUGAAGAGGUUUGCGAAAGUUGGGAGGAAGCUGCAGACAGCGGGGAAAUUGUGAAAAGACUUGAGGCAAAGUUGAAGAUAAGCCAGAAAGCAAAGAAAGCAAGCAUCAGCUCAGGUAGCUCCCCCAUACGAACUGCCAUGGUUAUCCAGGAUGAAUCUCGACCUGCAGCCCCCUCACCUCAAAUCCGAAUUCUGAAGCGCCCCUCAAGUAAUGGUUCCUUGGGGUCCUCUGGUUCAUCCAACCGCCCCACCCAGCAGCCGAAGUCACUGGCCCAGCGGGAGGCAGAGUAUGCCGAGGCCCGCAGGAGGAUUCUGGGUAGUGCUAGCUCUGAAGAAACGCCUCAGGACAAACCCAGGCCAGAAAGACCAGUGCGAGUGAGUGCCCAACCACCACAGCCAGAACUGGUUAGUCUGAACAAUCACAUGAUCCGCCAACCCACAGGCCCAGAUGGUACCUCAGGCUUCCGUCGCUACAGAUAGAGGAGGAUCCAUCGUCUCUUCUUGGGGGCAUGGUGUGCAGAGGACAAAGGGGAGGUAGCAUGGUGCGUGAAGAGCAGAGUGGUGGGAUGAAAUGUAAAAGUUGUGGUGAUGAUAGAUGGUCAACAGAAACAAAUUAUUGGCUCGCAGAAUGAGUUUAAGUAUCCCUACCACCCCUUUCUGCUGACUGUUGACACGCCCUUUGCCUUUUGCCCUCUGCCCUGUUUCUAGCCUGCGCGGAGGGUUGCGUCAGAUCUCCUGUCUGUCCCACACUGACCAGGGCUUUGCCUCAGGACUCCAUACACUGUGAUAUCUCCCAUGAUGCACCCUAAGCUUCCCAAUGCCCCUCUCAGUGCCCCUCUUCUGUUGAGGACCAGGGUCUUCCAGGGUCCGCGGCAUGCCUGCCUUGCCCUCCAGGUGAAUGACAGACUGAGUCUGUGGGACUUCAAGGUGGCCAGGGGAAAGUUGGGAAUGAACCUAUCGACAGACAUGUGUGGAUGAGGGCCAUGGAUAGAGCAGGGGAGUGACAAGGUGCCACUACGACGUGUUGGCAUAUUCAAGCAAUAAUUCUGAAAUCAAUAUGAAAACCCGGCUUCUCUAGCUAAACUGCCAUCUGACUGGGCAGUAUAUGUUAAUAUUUGUUUUAUGUUUUUAAUUCAAUUUUUAAUAACUUUCCUGGUUUGUUUUAUUUUCCUGUUUUUAAAAACUGGGCAGGAACUGAAGGGUGCAUUUGGAAUUAUUAGGUUAAUGUCUUUCUUGCAUCUAUAUGCUUUUGUUUAUUAAUCUGUUUUUAAAGUGGCAAUGAUAUACAGUAGAAGAAAAACAAAUUAUAUAAUAUACAAUUUAGUGAAGCUGAAUGUUUUUAUAGGAUCUUAUACACAUGGUCAUUGAAAGUAGUAGCCAUUAUUAAAAUAUACUAAGUAUAUGUUGAGAUUAGAAUAAAAUACUGUAUUUUAUAGACAGCCAAAAAGUCAUCCUGAAAAAUAUUCAAACUGAGUGGCCUUGUUGCUUCUUGUGCAGAGAGACGACCAAGAAAGAGGGGCCACAGAUUUUUAUUUUAUUUUUUGUGAUUAAGAGUUGUUUGAAUAGGAAGCCAUUGGCUGGAGGAGUGUUUUAAGCAGUGUCUCUAUUCUGUCCCGUCUUUCUUUUUGUCCCUCUCCAGGGUUGCCUUACUUGGAGAGAGGAUGAUAAAGACAAGUUGGAAUAAAGACUACAAUAGAGUGAGAGAGGGAUUGAUGAGGAUGUUGCAAUUUGCUUGGUUAGAAGGCAAUGUUAUUGAGUGCCAAAUUUGAACAGAAACCCAAUUUUCCCCAGCGGAGGUGGGACAUGUCAUAGCUUUUAAUCUGUCUAGUUUUGUUAAUGAAAUGAUAAACUACAUCUUGGCUGUUUUUAAACCAUACUAAAUGUGUAAACUCAAUGCCUUAAAUUGUUUGGUUUCAUAUUGGACCCCACAGUUACCAAGGCACCUCAGGUUAAUGCUCUUGGAUGCUGUGAUUUGUUUAAUUUCAUGUUCUCACCUUUAACUCCCUUUGCCUCUCAUGUCUGUUAUUUGGCCAGCCUAAGAACCCCAGGAAGGUGGUUUUGUUGGCCCCUCUCUCAGGGAGGUUUUAAUGCUGGACAAGCUAAAUCGUGGGUCUGCUCAACUGUAAUCCCAGAGAUGGUGACUGACUGGACUUGUUGUAUAGCCUACUUUGUGAAGAAAGUCACAUACGGUAACCUCUUUUGGGAGUAUACCUAAAGUAUGUUACAUCUGGGCCACUUGAAAAGUAAUUUUAACCUUAUCCUUUAUUAGGAUUAUUGAUCAGAGCUGGCUAGACAGUUGAAAGCAAUAUGGUGGCGAAACGCAGGUGUAUUGUAUAACCCCCUGAGUGCGGUUUCCACACCUGCCAGAUCAGAGAUUAGCCUGGAAAAGGAAGGGAGCAGACCAUGGAGGAUUGUGAUCCUCCUGAUCAGUGUUGGGUUUAAUUCAGAAAGUGAAUUCAUGUAAUUAAGUCCAUAUGAAUUGUAAACUGAAUUGACCUCACCCCUGCAUUUGAGCCUGCGCAGCUCCAGUAACCAUCGGUUAUGGGUGACAAUGAAGAGAUGAGGAUCGUCUGUCAUGUGGAAACAUGGAAAGACAAACAAAUCAGCCUGUAAUGAUUUUUUUUUUCAUGCCCUUUAAUAAAAACCUAUUGACAAGCGAAACACAAAAUUGCAAAUAUGUUUGGUGUACAGCAUUUUAUUUAUAAAAUGGGAUAUGUUCAUGGACUAACUCAUAUUAGUAGUUUUACAGAUGCCAUGUAUAGCUGAGAAUUUAACCGUAAACUGCCCAUAACUCAAUGUCUACAGGAAGCAUUCUUAAACAAUCAUAUGUGAAUGACAUUCUGCACAACUGACAAAUUUAAUUGCAUUUCAGAAAUGCGACCAUGGUUGUCAAUGUUAAGUGCCCAAUGAGCUGUGCUUUUGAAGUUCUAUUCAGGUACAAAACAAUUGUUUACUUUCAGUUAGGCUAAUGCUUGAAAUUAUUUAAAUUUAAACCUUGGCAGUAACAACUCCAUGUACGAUUAAAUGUUCCCUAAUUUUAUUGGGUUGUUGUAGCUUUCAAAUUAGAUUGGUGCCAGAAAUCUGAGAUUGUUUUCCUUCAUAGAGAACUUUCCAGUGAGAAAAUAGCCUUUAAUGCAGUAAGCACUUGACAUGUGUCUUAUUACAAACCUGAGCAUGAUCUAUAAAUGUCUGUCAUCCUAAUGUAUGUCUCCUUGGUUGUAAUUUACAGUAACUGUCCUGUCUAGCCUAAUGUCCUGGAUAUAUUGCUUCUGUUAUUUUUUUUGUUUGAAUAAACUGCAGUAAUUAGCGAACUUA